AAAAACAAGGGCACAAAACUGCAACCUGCCGACCAAACCAUGUCGUCCGGAACGUUCGUAGAUCGAAUCGAUCCGUUCGCCAAACGUUCGCUCAAGAAGAAAAGCAAAAAAUCUCAGGGCUCAUCACGGUACAGGAAUUCACAAGACGUCGAGCUGCAACAGUUACCCCCACUCAAAGUUGACUGUUCCAGCUUAGAGCAGGAGGAGCUGUUCAUACGCAAGCUGCGACAAUGUUGCGUUUCGUUCGAUUUUAUGGAUCCACUGUCGGAUCUGAAGGGAAAGGAGAUAAAGCGGGCAGCCCUAAACGAUCUUUCAGCCUACAUCACACACGGCCGUGGCGUGUUGACGGAAAAUGUCUAUCCGGAGAUUAUCAAAAUGAUAUCGGUAAACUUGUUUCGAACCCUGCCGCCCAGCGAAAAUCCCGACUUCGAUCCGGAAGAGGACGAUCCUACCUUAGAAGCUUCCUGGCCCCAUCUACAGCUGGUGUAUGAAGUGUUUCUUCGGUUUCUCGAAUCAGCCGACUUCCAAGCGACGUUCGGAAAGAAAGUAAUCGAUCAGAAAUUUGUACUGCAGCUGCUGGAGCUGUUCGAUUCCGAAGAUCCGAGAGAGCGUGAUUUUCUAAAGACCGUGCUGCAUCGCAUCUAUGGCAAAUUUCUAGGAUUACGUGCGUUUAUUCGUAAGCAAAUUAAUAAUAUAUUCCUACGUUUUAUAUAUGAAACGGAACAUUUCAAUGGCGUCGGCGAGCUGCUGGAAAUUUUGGGAAGCAUAAUCAAUGGGUUCGCUCUACCGUUGAAGGCGGAACACAAACAGUUUUUGGUGAAGGUUCUGUUGCCAUUACACAAGGUGAAAGUGCUGUCCCUCUACCAUGCCCAGCUCGCUUACUGCGUGGUGCAGUUCCUCGAGAAGGAUGCCUCGUUAACUGAACCGGUCGUGCGGGGUUUACUAAAGUUCUGGCCAAAGACGUGCUCGCAGAAGGAGGUGAUGUUUCUUGGCGAGAUCGAAGAAAUACUGGACGUGAUUGAGCCGCCGCAGUUCGUUAAAAUACAGGAACCGCUUUUUCGACAGAUCGCCAAAUGCGUGUCCAGUCCACAUUUUCAGGUCGCGGAACGAGCGCUUUACUUCUGGAACAAUGAGUACGCAAUGUCAUUGAUUGAGGACAACAAUGCCGUUAUAAUGCCAAUUAUGUUCCCGGCGCUCUACCGGAUCAGCAAAGAACACUGGAAUCAAACGAUUGUGGCCCUGGUGUACAAUGUGCUGAAAACAUUCAUGGAGAUGAACUCGAAGCUGUUUGAUGAGCUAACAGCAAGCUACAAAGCCGAGAGGCAGAAAGAAAAGCGACGAGAGCGAGAACGGGAAGAGCUGUGGAAGCGACUGAACGAGCUGGAAAUAUCGUCCCGUGCGCCAAACAAGGAACAAAAUCUGCUCACCAAUCAAUCGGCCGGAGGACUAAUACAGGACGCAUCAGCCGGUGCGCAGCUAAAUCCCAAGCAAAUUUCAUCGCCCACCGUUACAUCCACAUCAUCCUCGUGGCCCUCGCCGGCAAACUCGACUGGCAAUAACAACAAUAAUAGUACCGCCGGUGCGGGAGCCGCCGCCGCCCAGCCGCCGGGAUCGUCCGGUGCCGGGUCCGCGCUUGCCGCCGCCACUUCCCAGCAGAAUGCUUCGGCGGUCGAUUCGGCUGCCGCGUUAAGCAAGUGAUGUAAUAAAUAAUAUUUUUUCUAAACCCGCUUUCCUCUCAGAGAAGCGACCAU